UAUAACAUUUAUAGUAUUUCUAUUUCCGAUGUAUUUUUUUUUAUUUUUUAAAUUUUUUUUGCAAAAUUAUUCCCUUUGGAAACUAUACUAGCAAUAAAGUAUUCUAUGUAGCGAGAAGAAAUGCAAUUAUCCAGUAAUAUACCGUGUGUAACCGGUGCAUCUAUUUUGUAAUGUUCAUGCGAUCGACGGUUUUACGAAGCGUCCGAUCGCUUUUGCUCUAUGCAAAUCGCGAGUGUGCGAGCGAGUGAGCGAACGAACGAGCGUCGCGGCGCCUUUGGUUUCUCCCGGCGCUCUCUCACCCUUUCACGGAUUACGGAGCUGUCGCAAAAAACGUCCGCCUCGCAGUAACGGUCUGCCGGCAAAACCUCCCUUUCCGCCUUGCUUUUUCUACGUGCGAAAAUAAAAGUCUCUCGCGCUUUUCCUACCGGUCCGGAGAAAGGGGCUGUGGGAGUGGGAGGGUGAGACGGGAGGGCAAAGGGGGAAAAAGCGCAGUCGGGCUGAGCGGGGUGAAGGAGGGAGAGGGCAAAAUAAGAGAGAUAGGAGCACGAGGUGGGCUCGGGGGUGGCGGCAAAAAGAAUCGUAGCGAUGUCGGCGAAGGAGGAAAAAGAGCAGUCCGCGGUAGUGAGAAGCGAUGAAGGGGGUGGCGAAAAGAAAGACUCGGAAAGAGAAAGAGGAAAACGUUUGAGAAGAAACUGUGAUUCUAAAACGUGAUUUCGUCAAACUUUCAUUAUCAUCGCUGAUGCGAUUAAGCGUCGCGUGGCUGAUAACAAGCAGUUUUUGCACGCAGAACGUUCGAGAAUUAUCGGCAAAAAAUUCACAAAAAUAUUUGCCGACCCGAUUGAAUUAGUGAUUCGAUUUUUUUUCCACAUAAAGUGUCAAGAUGCUGACGAUGUUUGAGCGGGAAGCGAUCGAGAAUAACAAGUUUUUCUGCGAGCUGCGCCGCGGAAUUGUUUAACUUUGCGCAGCCCCCUUCGCAGUGAGGAAAUUUUCAUUCGAGCCUCAAUCAUGUUACAGAAAAUUAGUUUUAAUUAUUAUACCAAUCCUCCGCCUUACAAACGCAACGCGUUUGCAGACAUAUCGAUGAGAUAUUUCCGCCUGUGCUCCACAAUCAUUUUCACGGUUCUCAACCCUUUUGUCAUCGCCCCAAAGAGGUUAGCUAGAUAAACAUUUUCCAUCGCGGUUUUCCUCGUCCCCCGUCCUUUAACGAAUCCAAAUGCCAGAAUGUGCGUGUAGAGGGGAUAGGGAGGUGGGGGGACGAAGAACUCCGAGUAGGAUGAGAAUUUUACAGGGUACCGCGAUACCGGGGGGUUCGGGUGCCACCCUGCAAAAAUGUCGAUUCCUCGGCGCUGAUAGAGGGGUUGAAAAGGCGCGCAUCCACACGCAGGGUUGCACGAUGCAGCGGCUAAGAGAGAUAGAGAGAGAGGGAAGACGCCAUCGGGAGGGAAAGGGGCACGAGGGAAGAUGGUUUUUUCGACGCGCCCUUCCCGUCGCCGCAGCUCCCUCUCGCUCCCCUCAGCCGUCCCGGCAAGGGCGGCGUGAGGCAGGGGCGCGUUUUUACGCGGCCACGGCGAGGGCCAGGGAGGAGCUUAUGUACACCGCAACGACAUCGGUAAGACGAGCGGAAGCGGCGAAGGAGGGGGAGGGGGGGGAAGGGGAGUAGCAAGGGGGACGACCAUGAUUUUCGCGUAUCGCUCCUCCGAAGCCCCCCCGAGUCUGCACGGAACGCGAUCAUACCGGCCGAUCCGCGAGGCCACGCCUCUCAUCGUUCUCCGAUGGCUCAUCGCGUACCCCAGCUGAAUUUUAACCCUUCGGCGGAGGACACAAGCUGUUUGGGUCCGCGAUACCAAUUAUUCAUCGCGGACAAAAGUAGAGAUUGCUUUCUGCGUUUUUGGGACACAUCGUGCGCGCGAGGCAUUAUUUCGAAGUGUACUUAUGCAAUGAUAAUAUGCAGACGCGUGUAGCAAAGUGGCAUCAUGUUUUUUAUUGAUGAAAAUUUUGUUUCUAUGUAAAAAUUGAGUGAAAAUUUGCUUAUCUAAAUUUUAAUCAAAACUUUCGAGAAUUCGCUAUGCUCUUCAGAGGAGUGAAAAAAUUAAACGAUGUAAUAAUUGAUAUAAAAUUUGUAAUUAAUUUACACGGUGUUGUGCUGAAAAAGAGCUAAACAUCAUGGUUGAGAGUUUUCUAUCGUUAUUCUAUUAGCGUUUUAAAAUUAUAAGUAAUAAUAGAUAAACAAAAGCAACACGUUCUGCUGCUUCGAGUAUUGACGCAAUUACUCUUGUUUACGAUGCUUCGUCUAUGAUGUACGCGGUGUUCUAGUUUCAGAAUUCUUUUUUGAAUGUAUAUUCUUUUCAGAUUUUUACAAAUUAUACGUAAAACACUAAAUUUCACUUUCAAUUUUUCGUAUAAACUAUUACAUCUUUAUUCAUAUCUCGAUAAAGAGAGAGAAAUUGUUAAAAUACAUUCAUUAAUUAAUUAUUUAUAUAGAAAGUUUAAAGCAGUAUUAUUGCAAGCUUAAAUAUAAAAAAGUUGUUACCAAUUUUUCAAAUUUUCUUCACGCGCAACAAAACAAAGAUCACAAAACGCCUUUUCUUUACACACUUUUUUAUAACUUGGUGUUUUUAUUUAAGAUUGACUGCUUUUCGAUUGACAACGGAUCAUUGUAUUUUUCAGAGCAUAUCGCAAUUAAGAAUUAACGAGGAUUAAGCACUUCCGAUCGUUCCUCGAUCGUUUGAAAGGAAAAAUCGUGAAACCGCCGCGCAUCGCCGAUACUUUCGGAGGAAGAACUCGGUGCCGCGCAGCGGCGCUGCUGUUGGUGGGGCGAUGCGAAAGAUACGGCGUGUGCUCGCCGCGAAGCGCGCAAUGUGCACCGCGCUAGCGUUCGAAACGCGUCGGUGUCGCUCGCUCUCUUCCUUCUUUCUCAUUUGUACGGUGAUAAUCCCCCUUUUUUUUCCACACGCCCUCUCAAAUCGCGCUCUCGUUUCGCGAGUGCGCUCGCGAAACAACGCCGAACGUCUCUAGCCGCGCGAAAAAAAUCGCGCGACUCGCAUUCAAAAUUUCGUUCCCCUUUGUUUUUUCGAAUCGCUUUCGAAUUGUCGCACUCUCUCACAGAGGGUGUCACGUCUGUCGCGGGAUCACGAUUCUCGCGAUCGACGCGGCGCGACAAACAUCCGCUCGUUCGUUCGUCGAUUCAAUUUGUGUUUCCGCUUUCCCUCGCGCGUACGCGUUUGACAGCACGGCAAUCGCGCGAAUGCGUCUCGUUGGAUGCUGCCGGCACCGCGCGUGGUCGACCUGGAAGCCCGUGCUCGCCACAGUACUGUGAGCGAGCACCGUCGCCGCUCCAGGUAGCAUCGGUGGCCGCGAUGGACGCGCGCGUGGUCGUCGGUACGUCGACUGCGGAAGAGACGUCGGUGGCGACGGCGACGCGAAGCGUCGCGACACCCUCGCCAGUGUCCUCGGCGCCGAAUACCGCUGUGACCGCCACCGGCAACGGAAGUGGCGGCAGCGGCGGCGGCGGCGGCGGCGGAGUCGUCAUCACGACACUCGCGUCCGCAUCUUGCACCUCGCAGAAUCCUGUUGUUGUCGUAGCGAGCCCCUCCAGCAAUCAUCAGCAACCAGCCGGUGUGCCGGUCGCCGCCGUGCCUAGAAUAUUCAGUAGGAACGUUAACGGAACCUUGGUGCAGACGUCCGUGCCGCAAAACGAGGCCGAGCUGCAGCUGUACAGAGUGAUGCAGCGCGCCUCGCUGCUGGGAUACUACGACACGCUCCUCGAGAUGGGAGGCGAUGACGUGCAACAGUUGUGCGACGCGGGUGAAGAGGAGUUUCUAGAAAUCAUGGCCCUGGUCGGCAUGGCAAGUAAGCCGCUUCACGUCAGGAGGCUUCAGAAAGCUCUGCAAGAGUGGCUCACUAAUCCUUCUCUGUUCCAAACGCCGGUCGUGCCGACGAACGCCGCCACUGCUGCCAAAAGUCCCGCGGCCGCCUUCACGUGUGCGAGCCCGCGGCCGCAGAUGCAGAGCCUGCCGACCGGCUUCGCCGCGACUGCUCAGACCUCCCUGACGACGGCGCCCUACGUGUCGACGACGCCUCACGUGCCGUUGACGCCGCUGCCCUGCCGCAGCGCCAGCCCGGUCGUGCCGGUCACCAGCGUCUCGGCGCCAGUGCCGUCCACGACCUUUCGCCAGAGUCCGAGCCCGAACACGUCUCUGCCUUACGCGAGCACUCACAGUCCCAAUGUGUUGCAGGUGGGAACGUGCGAGUCUUCAUGCGGCAGUGGCACAACACCAAGUCCAAGUGGCGGCGGUGGCGGCGGCGGCGGCGGCGGCGGCGGCGGUGCACCUGCGAGCCCGCCGCAGCCGACGCCGACCCUCUUGCAAUCGCAGGUGCAGCGGCUCGCCGAGACUGCGGAGAGGCUUGUCGCUACCAUAAGGCCCCUCGAUCCCAAGCCCCACAACGUGAAGAAAAAACUCUGCAAGAACUUGGAGAUAGUAAUGACCAUGUCCGACAGUGAUCCGCGCAAAAUGGACGAGAUCCGGAAGUACGCGGCGAUUUACGGCAGGUUCGAUUGCAAAAGAAAGCCGGAGAAGCCACUUACGUUGCACGAGGUGUCCGUGAACGAAGCCGCGGCGCAAAUUUGCAGAUUCGUCCCUGCUCUUCUCACCAGGAGAGACGAGCUGUUCCCUUUAGCCCGUCGUGUUGUUCGAGAUUCUGGCUAUCAUUAUUCCAAGAGCCAAUAUUUGUCGAUGUCGAGGCCGCGUGAGAACGGGGAGGAGGCCGACGGGGAACGCGCGAAACGCUGGAAACUCGAGCUGGAGGGUGAGGGUGAGGACGUGACGCAGGUUAGAUCACCCCGGCCACAGAAGAGGAGUUGGAUCUCCGUUGUUCCGGGACGGAUAUUAAUAAUUCUAUCACGAGAGGACACAGAUCGUCGAGUUUGGAGGAAGAAGAGUAAUAAUGGGAUAUUCAGCGCCAGCGUAGAGGAAAUCAGCGACUCGGAUAGCCAGUUCUCGUUCUCCAACGAAGAAUCUUCGUCCAUGCACGAUACGAACGAGGCGGAGGCUGAGAACACCGAUAAGGAAGGUGAUUUUAAUCUAAAGGUGAUAGCAUCGCGCGGAGACAACAUAAUCGCCGUGGCGAAUCCUGCGCUAAUGGAAUGCAGUCAUCCCGUGAAAGAGGAGCCCGCGGACGAGAAACCCACACUGUGAUAUUAUUAGUUAGCGUUUACUGCGUUUACUAUUGAUGUCACGACGACGUGAACGCCAUUCUGCCGUUAUCAUCAUCUGCGUGAAUAUUGUUACAUGUUAUUGAGCACGAUAGUAUUCGUGGCAGCGAAUUCGCCGGAAUAAAUAAGACUUAUUCGCAGGACUUUUCAUCGGUUGGAAUACCUUUUUUCCUCGUUGUUCAUUUGGACGAGAGAAAUGUGUGUUUUUGGAGGCUGCCUGUUAUCUAGUUUUAGCGCAAUGCAGAUACACAUGAUAUUGUAUAGCGAUCGCAAGUGUUUCUAGAAGACGAUAAAAACGAUAGAAAGGUGAUAAAAGUAAGCUGUUUAAAUCAAAAGACCGUUGACUGAAAUAUUGUAGUAUUAUAAAAUGUAUGUAUGGUAAGCAAAUGUAAAUAUAAAGGUCUUUUUACGCGCUAUUGUGUACAGUUUUAUUUGGAAGAUUAAAUCGUCUCACAAAGUGAUUAUUCAAUUUAUCUUGUAUAUUCAUCUGUACAUUUAUGUAUACAUCUAGAGAUUAUUCGUCUUGCGUCUUGCCGGUCAACUUACCGUUAUAUACGUUUGUCGCUUACGGAGGAGCGCAGUAUGUAAUCAGCAUUUUAAAAUUCACAUUAAUUCUUUUGUUAAAUAAUAAAUACGAGUUCAUGA